GCAACAUGUCUCAACUUAUGCUCGUUAAAUGUUUAUUUUCUGUUUCCAAACGAUGCUUUUGACAAAGAAUACAUGUUCAAAACACCGAGGGUCCAUCCCCUUACUGUCGUGAAAACCCUAAAAUGAGCACGGUUACACCGUAGAGAUUGUGCAACCGUCUGGUGUUCUAGUUAAGCAUCUGAAGAAGAAAGUGGUAUUAGGCUUGUGUUGGAAAUUUUAAAGCUAAGACUAAAAAAUAUCUUGAUGAUUUUAAACGACAAACACUUUCUCAACCCUGAUGGCUGCGGUAACUUGACCUGAGGGAAGGAUAUUUAUGUCUGCUGGGCAUUUGUCCGCUAGAAGGCUCGCAGUAAGCUAGCUGAAGAAGUUAUUUAUAAUUUGUGAUAGUUGUCUGAAACAUAGCUAGAAUAUGGAAAUCUGCUUUACUCGGCUCAUACUUCCUUCAGGAACGUUGAGAAUUUCAGGGCUGCUCUUGUUUCAUAACUCUGGCGGAAUUUGCAUGACUAGUUGCAAAGCCUGUGUGCGUGAAAGAAAUAAGUUUCUUUUUAUUUUGCAUAAAUUUAAUACGAACUACCCCUCAGUUCCUAUUCAAAUGUCAAAAGCCAGAGAUAAAAGGAUUAUCAAGAUUUAUUACCGGCCCUGUGGGAUCACAGGUCGUCUAGUGAACUUUUUCUGACGUCAAGUAAAAUGAGUAAUAAAUCUAGCGGCCGUGGGAACAGGAACUACUAAGCAGCCAAGGGGAAUUCUUGAGAGACUUGACGCAGGAGAAGUCGUGAUCGGUGAUGGCGGAUUCCUCUAUGCUCUUGAAAGGCGAGGCUAUGUAACAGCUGGUCCAUACACACCUGAAUGUACAGUAGAGCAUCCUGAGGCAGUGCGACAACUUCACAGAGAAUUCCUUAGGGCUGGAGCAGACGUCAUGCAAGCGUUCACAUUUAAUGGAACACAAGAAUCCAUCGUCAGCCGCGGAGUGAGGAUUAAGGCUGACGACAUCAACCAAGCUGCGUGUAGGAUCGCGCGUGAAGUCGCCAACGAGGGUGACGCCCUGAUGGCGGGAGGAGUGUCUUACACCCAGAGCUAUCGAGAAGGGCGUGGUAAGCAUGCAGUUCAGGAGGAGUACUUAAAACAAGUUGAAGUACUUAUCAAGAAUGAUGUAGAUUUUCUUAUUGGUGAGUAUCUGAUGAACAUUGAUGAAGCUGAAUGGGCGACAGAAACUUUGAAAUCUACCGGCAAACCUGUCGCCGUUACAAUGCCCAUUAGCCCCCAGGGGGACGUUCUAGGCAAAGUUAACCCUGGGGAAGCAGCUGUCAGGCUUGCUAAAAUGGGCGCUGAUAUUAUUGGCGUAAACUGUCUUUUUGAUCCGGACAGCUGCUUGCAAACUGUGCAAAUGAUGAAAGAUGCUUUGAACGCCUCAGGAAUGCUUCGUCCGCUUAUGGUCCAGCCUGUAGCUUAUAAAACCACGGAUGCUGACAGAAGAGGAAUUCUCUCGUUACCAGAGAAUCCUUUCGCAAUGGAAAGUCGUGUGAUGACGAGAUGGGACAUGCAGAAGUACGCACGCGCAGCUUACGACAUAGGCAUUCGUUAUAUUGGUGGAUGCUGUGGUUUUGAGCCAUACCACAUCCGGGCGCUUGCAGAAGAGCUGUCAAAUGAACGAGGAAAGCUUCCACCAGCAAGUUCGAAGCACGGAUUUUGGGGAGAAGCGUUAAAGUAUUCUUCCAGUGCCUCCCAUAAAAUUGGAAGGCAAUACUGGGAAAACCUUAAACCAGCCUCGGGACGACCUGACUGCCCGGCAAUGUCCGGACCUUUAUCCAACAAUCAGAGGGUUUGACUGAAAUUUUGCUUUACACCUGCCUAGAACAAGGACUACCUGUGGGGCGCCUUGAUUGAUGGAGAAUGUGAUUGAAAAUUUUAGAAAUAAUAGAUAAUUAAGACUCAACUCUUUGGUUAGCUGUUAUCUGUGGUGAUAUACCCAGCAGUCCCUCUCUAAUUUUUAGGCAACAUAGGAGACCAUAUUACUCUGGAAUAAUAAGCUUUAAUU